UUUCUUAAUAGUGGAUUUAUUUCUCUCUUUCCCGUGGACGUAGACUUGUUGAGAGGUGUACAAGUCGAACCACGUUAAAUUGUUGUCUCAAUUUCUUUAUCGCUUUCACUUGUUAGGAUUGUGGUGUUCGAAAUUCCCAACAAGUGGUAUCAGAGCUAUUGGUAGAGCUCCUAGUGUUGUGGCAAAAUGCAAACUGAAGCCAUGAAGUAUUCAAUUGAGUUGUUCGAUGGCAAAAAUGACUUUGCUCUAUGGCAAAGCACUGUGAAGGAUGUCCUUACUUGUCAAGGACUUGAUGCAGCUUUAGAAGAGACCAAGCCAGCUAAGAUGAGGGAUAGUGAUUGGAGUACUAUCCAAAAGAAGGCAGCAAGUCAAAUUCGGCUGGCGCUUGCACCGGAGGUAAAAUACAACGUCCUUUCAGAGACUACUCCAAUAGGCAUGUGGAGAAAGCUUGAAGAGAUAUAUGCUUCAAAAUCUUUAACCAAUCGAUUGUGUUUAAAGAUGGAGCUAUAUCAAUUGAAGAUGGCAAAAGGCACUAAUAUUCACAGGCACUUAUCUGAUUUCAACAUGAUGGUGACACAAGUAGUGAAUGUCGAGGAUGUUCUAGAAGAAGAGGAAAAAGCUUUGCUUUUACUUGCAUCCUUGCCAAAGUCUUACAAUUUGCAUUUUGCCACAACACCAAGAGCUCUACCAAUAGCUCUGAUACCACCUGUUGGGAAUUUUGAACACCACAAUCCCAACAAGCGAAAGCGAUAAAGAAAUUGAAACAACAAUUUAACGUGGUUCGACUUGUACACCUCUCAACAAGUCUACGUUCUCGGGAAAGAGAGAAAUAAAUCCACUAUUAAGAAAAAGAGUACAAUAAUUUGGAAGUUCUCUCACUUAAGAAGCUCUCAACCCUUAGCUUCAAUCUAUAGAAACUCCCAAAUUCUCCCUAAUAUUCUCUCUUAAUCUACACAAGGAUUUCUCACAAUUUCUCUCUUUCUUUUCUCUUACAAGAGCUCUCCCUCAAUUUCUCUUGCUUUCUCCUACUCUUGCUUGCUCAUUGCCUUUGCAUGCAUGGGUAUUUAUAG